AUGGGCAUGCUAGGGGGCGCGGCGCAGGGCUCCUUCCGGUGUCUGGAUGGCGACCUCGAGAAGUUUGAAUCCUACUACCGCCCAUUACUAGACGUCAUCCGGCGUCAUCAAUUAGAUGGCCUCGACCUGGACGUGGAGGAGGAAAUGUCGCUUUCCGGGAUCAUUCGGUUGAUCGACCGCCUGAAAUCGGAUCUGGGCGACGGCUUCAUCGUGACCUUAGCGCCCGUCGCAGCCGCCCUGCUGGGCAUCGGGAAUCUCUCUGGCUUCGACUACCGGGAACUCGAGCAGCAGCGGUCGUCCAAGAUUAGCUGGUACAACACCCAGUUCUACAACGGCUGGGGGCUCGCCGACGAUCCCCGUAUGUACAGCGCCAUCAUUGCUCAGGGAUGGUCGCCUCAACGCGUGGUGUACGGUCUAUUAACGAACCCUGGCAACGGCUCGCAAGGAUAUGUCCCGCCAGAGACCCUUGCGGCGGUCUUGGGCGUGUUAGUGGAGCAGUACCCCAAUUUUGGCGGCGUUAUGGGUUGGGAGUACUUCAACUCUCAGCCUGGAGAACGCGAAAAGCCCUGGCAAUGGGCGGCCCAGAUGACCCUCAUCAUGAAGAUGAAGGACGUGGUCACUGCGGCACAGCAAUUGCUGUCCGGACCCAUGGCGGCCAGCUUAAUGAGCCUCUUACGAGAUAUGGCCAACCAACGAUAG